UUGGAGCAAACGGUCCCGACUCCUCCCUCCGACUGGGCAGCUCCGGAAAGCAGGAGAGAAGCAGGAGGAGGAGGAUACACAGGCCGGAGAAAACGACGGAGCGCUCCACGCCGCUCCCCUGACCCCGCCGGGACCCGGAGUCCGGCAGCGGGCACCCGCCAGAGAUGGAGCGCCGGGCGGCGGGCCGGUGCAGCGCGCGGCGGCGGGCGGGAGGCGGCGGGCCGGCCGCCUGAGCGCCCCCGGAUGGCCCGCGGCGAGGCGAGCUGCGGGAGCGAAGCGCGGCUGCGGCUGGGCCGGGACGCGGUGCGGCCAGCGCCCGCUCUGCUGGUCCCCGCCGUGCUGCUGGGCACCGCGCUCGGCCUCGGCCUCGGCCUCUGGCUCGGCUGCCGCUCCGCGCGCCCGCGUCUCCGGCACCAGAAAGACGACACUCAGAGUCUGCUCAGGAAUUUGGAGUCUAACAUCCAGACCCCGUCAGCAGCUGGGUCCCCAUCCAGGAGGAGGAAGAGAGAAGCACUGACUUCAAUGGAUGAAGAGCCUCUAGACGAAUACGAGCCGUCUUUCAACAGCAAUAUCACAGCAUUUGCACUGAAGGCAAAAGUCGUCUAUCCCAUCAAUCAGAAGUUCAGGCCUCUGGCCGACGGUUCCUCCAACCCAUCUCUGCACGAAACCUUAAAGCAGGCUGUCCUGCCGAACCAGCCACUGGAGGCGUCCCCUUCCAGCAGCCUGGGGAGCCUGAGCCAGGCCGAGAAGGACGACUGCAGCUCCUCUUCCAGCGUCCACUCGGCAGCCAGCGAUGACAGGUUCCUGGGUUGCAGCUUCCUCAGGGCAGGCAGCUUCCCCGAGGUGCUGACCUGCGAGAGUGUGGACCUUGACUUGUGCAUCUACAACCUCCACUUGAAAGACCUGCUACAGCUGGACGCGGCCCUGAGGCAGGAGAAGCACAUGAUGUUUAUUCAGAUUUUUAAAAUGUGCCUUCUUGACCUUCUUCCUAAAAAGAAGUCUGAUGAUGAAUUAUACCAGAAGAUUCUUUCAAAGCAAGAAAAUGACUUGGAGGAAUUAGAAAAGAGACUUCAGGUCAAGCUGUCAAACACAGAGAUGUUGGGUGGCAGUGACUCUGAAUACAUCACCCUGGCAGAUGUGGAAAAGAAGGAAAGAGAAUAUUCUGAGCAGCUAAUAGCUAAUAUGGAAGCUUUCUGGAAACAGAUGGAAAACAUCCAGCACUUUCUGGUGGACCAAUUUAAGUGUUCCAGCUCCAAAGCCCGACAGCUCACGAUGACUCUGACAGAAAGAAUGAUUGCAGCCGAAGGGCUGUUGCGUGAUUCUCAGGAUUUGCAGGCUCUGGACACCCUGGAGAGGACGCUGGGGCGGGCGCACGUGGCCAAAACGAUGGAGUUCCUGAAGAUGCAGGUCCAGGAGGAGACCAAGUGCCGCCUGGCGGGCAUCUCCCGCAGCCUGGAGCUGCUGACCGUCGAGGGGAAGCUGUCUGGGCGGGAGAAGGAGGACCUGCUGACCCAGCAGCACAAGGCCUUCUGGGAGGAGGCGGAGGGCUUCGGCAGGGAGUUUGUCCAGCGAGGCAAAGACUUGGUCAAGGCCUCACUAGUGCGCCAGGCGGAGGAGAUGGCAAGGCUUGCACUGGCCCAACAGGAGGAACGGAGGAGCUUCCUGGCUGCGGGGCAGCUGACCGCCCACCCCGAGGAGUUCCUCCAGGCAUUUCACGACAUCCUGGAGAUGCAGAGGCUGACGCGGCGUGACCUGGAGGAAGAGGAGGACGUCAGGGCUGCCCAGGCCGUGGCCGCGCUCUGCCAGGAGCUGUACUGCAGCACCAUGGAAACGUUCCGGAAGUUCACGGACAUCCUGUUCCUGCAGACGCUCCCCCGUGUGACCGACCUCUCCCAGGCAGAGUGUGAAUACCUGAGGCAGGAGGCCCAGGAGAACUCGACUCGGCAGCUGGAGAAGUCGGACCGCUUCCGGAGCCAGCAGUGGAAACUCUUCCAGGAUCUCCUAGAGCAGGAAAAGCAGGUGUGGAUGGAGGAGCAUGCACUGUCCACUCUGCUACAGACACACCUGAGAGAUGACCAUGAGAACAUCAUCCACCGAGUCUUGGGCCAACUUGGCAGCCUCAGUGAAGAGUCCACUCAGUGCAUCCUGCAGGGGCACAGACUGCUCCUGCGCUCAGCUCUCCGGAGGCUGGCUCUCCGCGGCAGCGCCAUCACCACCCUGGCCCAGAUGAGGCUGUCGGGGAAGAAGAGCCUUCUCCAGGAGCUGCGGGAACAACACGCCCUGGAGCAGGGCUCCUCCCAGUGUCUGGAUGAGCACCAGUGGCAACUGCUCAGAGCCUUGGAGGCGCGUGUGCUGGAGGAGGCCAGCAGGCUGGAGGAGGAGGCGCAGCAGACGCGCCUGCAGCUUCAGCAGCAGCUCCUGGCCGAGGCCCAGGAGGUCGGGCAGCUGCUUCAGCAGCACACAGAACGCGCCAUUGGGCAAGCGCUGCUGAGCCACGCACGGAACACAGCCUCCAGGAGCCGGGCCAAGGACAUGGACGACUUCAAGAGAACGCUGAUGGAGGCAGCCGUGGAGAGUGUCUACGUGACCAGCCCUGGCAUCGGUCGGCUCGUGCAGGCGUAUUACCAGCAGAUUGGGAGGGUCAUGCAGGACCACGAGGAGAGAAGGCUGCAGCAUCUGAAGACCCUGCAGAGUGAGAGAAUGGAAGAUUACAAGCUGUGGAAAAAGCAAGAACUUGCCGAUACUUCGUCUGGGGCCGAGAUGGCAGGUGGAGCUCAGGAAGCCUCCAGAGCUGUUCACCAGAGGAUGUUGGCGCAGCGGAAAAAGUUCCUGGCUCAGUUCACCGCACACCAGCGGAGCCGCCGCGACGCGCGGAGGCGGAAGGCGAGGGUCAUGGACCAUCUGGAAGCCCAGCUUGAGACCCAGCUACAGGAAGCUGAACAGAACUUCAUCUCAGAGCUGGCAGCAUUGGCCCGGGUACCUCUUGCGGAAAGCAAACUAUUUUCAAAUAAACGUGGGCUCUCAGCAGAGAAGCCCCUGAGGACCAAAAGGAAGAAGCCAGCACCCCGAGAGAGAGGGGACACUGGGGGUCCCCAAGAUGAUGACCCUGCCUUGGGGGGCCCCACAUCAGGAUCGCUCAGCAGCAAAAGGCUGAGCCAGCAAGAAAGUGAAGUUGGAGAUGGCGAGAAUUCCAAGAAGAUGCUAAAGAGAAGAAACCACCUGUAGCUUAAGGCUGCUCGGGAUGGGCCCUGAAGACCCGGGCAUUCUCUGAAGCCCGCUUGCCCUUCCCCCAGGAGGAUUCGCCACCCCGGGGGUGGGGGGGAUGAUAGGGUCUUCCCUCUGCCCACCGGCUUGUGAGGGGCUGGAGAAUGGAUGGCAGAGUCCCAGGAAAUGCCUCAAAGAGUAAGGCGGACCCUACCGCCCGCGAAAGUGACAAGCUCCCAGUGUUGGGAACACAUCUUUUCAAGUUUUUGUGUCCCCUUGGCUUUGAGACGUGGCUUGGUUCCUUGGGGAGCCCUUCCUUCGUGACCCUCUAUAACCUCCCAUUCUGCUAAGUGCUGAUGCCCCCCAGACCUGCCCUCACUGAGGCUGGGUGGCCUCAGUCCUGCCUGGGGCCCUCUGCUCUCCAGCCGCCCCGUGGAGUUCUGCCGCUGGUGAAGGGUCACCAGGUGUUGAUGGUGUUUUCUGGGCGAGGGCUUUUCUCCUGCACCUUCGUCACCCCCACUCCCUCUGUCCUAUGCACCGUGACCACUGGCCAACCCGGAUUCUCAUCAGGACCCAGUCCCUUCUUUGGGCUCAGCCGGCAGCUCUGGCCUGGUCUCCAUAAGGGGAUCUGAGUCUCAGGUCUCAUGACAUAGACCAUGGAACCCCUCUCCUGUGGGCCUGUCCUCACCCACCUUAGGGACUCAAGGACCCAUACAGGCAUAAUGGCACCUGCAGUAGUAUCUUCUGUUGGAGACAUUUAAAGCGCUAGGUAGGGGGCCCUGCCCUGGAGGAGGAAAUGGCAACCCACUCCAUGUUCUUGUCUGGAAAAAAUCCCAUGGACAGAGGAGCCUGGCAGGCUACAGUCCAUGGGGUUGCAAAGAGUCAGAUACGACUGAGUGACUGAACACGCAUGCAGGGAGGCCUUGCCCACCCUGAAGACUUCCUCUGAGAACCGUGAGGCUUUCUGCUAGACAGCUGCCUUCCCCUAAGGAGAAAUGCUUCUCCCAGACCUGGGAAUAUCCAGAAGCUUCCAGACCACCCACUGCCAAGAGAGGCCAUUCCCACCUAGAAAGAAAAUUGAUCUUUUCAUUGAAAUCAGGGAUUCUCUAUCUUGGCACUGUGGACAUUUGAGGUGAGAAAAUUCUUUGGAGAUGGGGGCUAUCUUGUGUAUUAUGGCAACUUUAGCAUCGUCAAAGAACCCACCUGCCAAUGCAGGAGUCCCGAGAGAUGCCGGUUCGAUCCCUGGGUCGGGAAGAUCCCCUGGAGAAGGGCAUGGCAACCCACUCCAGUAUUCUUGCCUAGAGAAUCCCAUGGUCAGAGGAGGAUGGCAGGCUAUGGUCCACAGGUCGCAAAAGAGUUGAGCAUAACUGAAGAGACUUAGCACACAUGUGGCCUCUACCCAUAUUGUGGGAACAUUCCCAACUGUGUCAACAAAAUGUGUCUCCAAACACCACCAGAUGUUCCCUGGGGGGCUGGGGGGGUGGUGGGCAUCAUCCUCUGACCUAAGGCAGAGGGUGCCAGUCCCAUGUGUGUCUGGGAUGAGAGUUUAGCAUUUCCAUGAAUUCCCACUACACAGUGGGCUUCAGGUUCUAGGAGCUCCGGUCUCAGGGAUUUUCUGGACCGACCAUCUGUGGUCUGAAUUUAUAUUUCUUAAAACCCAGGUUAGUUUUCUUAGUCAGGAAAGAGCGGCUCCUUAACAGAAGAAGGAAUCCAUGCUAGUUGCAUCAUUUGUUAAGGAUAUCUACCAUCAGAGCAUCCUCAAAUCCUAACUGGGCGGGCACCCAGUGGAGUUCCAAAAUUAACCAGCAGCUCCCUCUUGUGGCUAAAUAAAAAUUACCUUAUUCUGCA